AUGUCAAUAACUAUACAAAUUGGCUUGAAGACAAUGGGCUCCUCGACCCGUCUAUUGAAGCACUCGCCACCCCAUCUGGCCCUGCAGCCUUGGGAGAUGCGCUUCGCGGUCGCCGAGAUGUCGGCAUUCAUGAAUUACAUGAACUAUCUGCCGUGGUUCGCUGUCGUUAUUUACGCCGCAAGUAUUUACGCCGUGAAAAGAUUCAUGAAGCAUCGACCGGCCUUCUCCCUGAGAAAGGCGCUGGUGGCCUGGAACGGAAUCUUGGCCAUCUUCAGCCUCGUCGUCACGGUGAGGAUCGGGGUUUGCGUCAUUCACGUCACGAGUCACUUAGGACUCGGCUUUAGCACCUGCGCCAAGGGGAUAGCCGAGGAAGACCCAACUGGCCAUUUGUGGAUCGUUAUCUUCUCGUUCUCCAAGAUCCUGGAAUUAGGCGACACCUUCUUUACUCUCCUUCGGAAACGGAAACUCAUCUUUCUUCACUGGUAUCACCACAUAACCGUCCUCCUAUUCACUUGGUUCAACGUUGCCAGAAUGGAGGAGGCUGGCACAUGGUUUUGUUUGAUGAACGCUGCCGUGCACACCCUCAUGUAUUCCUAUUACCUCUUGAGAGCCUUGAGGGUAUCAGUGCCUGGAGGAAUCAUGAUGCUUAUAACCAUUUCUCAGAUCUCGCAGAUGGUGCUGGGCAUAGUAGUUUGUGCAUACGUGACCGUCACGAAGAUGCGCGGGUACGAGUGCAACAUGUCCAACCUGAUAUUGACGUGCGCAAUUUUGAUGUAUCUAAGCUACUUCGUCUUGUUCGUGGACUUCUUCCGCAAGACUUACAGAAAGCCACCCUCUACACGGAAACAAAAUGACCCUUCCCCCCAUAAAGUCGAGGAGAAAGUCCGCAUUCAGUCUGUCGACGGGACAACAGCGUUCGAGAACAGUUCCGCGAUCUUUCGGAGAAAGCUGUUGACUGGGGGCACUUCCGCCGGUGUCACUUACAGCGAUUUCAUUCAAUGA